CAAUUUCGACUUUUACGAUAGAUUAAAGUUUCAAUUAUUUUUUGAAUUUUUUUUCUUUUUAAAAUAAAAUUUUCACGACUAUUAUUCUGCCACCGAUUGAAGUGAAGAGAAUUCCAGGCAAAAUGCAGAGAAAGUUCGCAUUUGUCAACAUUCACUUAAAUUAACGUUUCAAGUUUCAUCCGUACCUUGUUUCACGACGCUGAUAUGUUCAAAGGACAUUAUCAAUUAGCCAUUCAUUAAAACAGGAAUGAAAAAUAAAGUGUUCAUAGAAAAAUUUCAUUGCUACAUCCUGAGUGAGAAUAUGAUUGUAUAAAUAAGCAUAAAGGUAUGAUUGACCGAAGUCAGUUGUAAGUGAUUUAUCGAACGGUUAACAAGUGUAAAAACGGCCUCUAAGAAUUCAUGUUCGGAUGUGAAAAUUAAGGAAUUGUUAAAUAUAUACAAGUAUAUAAAAGUUCAAAUAAAAAAUGUUUACUAAUUGGUUAACAGGGACUAGUGGCGCUGCUAGUACAACUUUUAAUUCUACGUCUAAUUCGUCUGCCCAUCCACCGAUGGAUAACAUACAUUUUGCAAACACACAUGGUCGAUCAAAUACAAACACUUUAUCACCUUUACAUACUAAUAUUAUAUCCUCAACCCCAAACGUGAUUUUGGAAGUUGGUUCAGGACCAUCACUAGUUCGUUUUGUAGCCCAUAGUGUAGUUUUGGGUUUACACAGUGGAUAUUUACGUUCAGCCAUCCGUUUGGACGAGCACACUCAUAAUUCUACUGAUAUUGUUUUAUAUUUAAACAAUGUAACACCGGAGCAAUUCGCUCCUUUGUUAAGCUACAUGUAUACGGGGUAUUUAGAUUUAAAUGUUGAAAAUAUUUUCGGUAUUCUUUUGGCUACGCACGUUUUGCAUAUGCCUAGAGCUCUGGAAAUUUGUAGAUCAUAUUUGGCACGGGUGCAGAGGGAAGACUAUUUUCCAGUAACCACUAACAAUUUACCGCCUAAUAUGACGGCCAACUCCCCUUCAUCUACUCUAUACAAUAAUAUUGUAAACAAUGGCAAAAUUAUAAGGCCAAUUGCCAGUAAGCCGUCCAUAACAAGCUUUGGGUUUUUACCCUUAAACACACCCCCAAUAACUGUUGGUUUACCAGUGCGGCUAACAAUGAGUUCCUUUAUAUCAUCACAAUUGGAUGAUAAAUCUGUUGACCAUCAUUCCCCGACUAUAAAUGAGAGCAACGACAAAGAUGGCGAUGAAGACAUAGAAGUAGAUGAAAUUGAUAAACAAUCCUUAAAAGCCCUUAAUCCUGAUGGAGAGGAUGAAGACGUUUUUAUUGACAGCAAUUCGGAAACAGAUAUUACAGAAAUGAAAGUGCAAAAGUUAAAUUUAAAAAGGAGUAUUAAAGCAAAUUUACCCCGAUCAAUUAAUGACAUCGACAAAGGCAAAAAAAAUAAUAAACAUACAAGGGAUCGCUUAACGGUUAUCCAUAAUAAGAAAAACUAUAAAUAUGAUAGACGUCAGCGAAAUAAACAUCUAAAAAAAAACUAUUCCUCUUCAGGGCUGCAAAUUGCUAAAGCACCCAUACCAGCCUCCCAACUGGAUACCGCUGAAGCUAAUAAGGUUAUUGUUGAUGUAGCCAGUUGUGAUGGGCCAGUGCGUUUCAAACGUAUACUUAAUACCGCCUAUGUUCAAAAACCAGAUCUUUCGACUCGUACAUCCGGCGCUAGCGAUGUCGGCCCUCAAUCAUACCACGAACGUUCACUUCAAAGUGUUUCAUUAUCUUUCCAUCAGCAAAUGGCCAAAACAAUUAGUCAACAACAUCACCAUCUUCAUCAUGGAGAAGAAUCUGAAAAUAGUGAAGCUUCUAGCGGUAGCGGCAAAGCAUCAGUUUUAAAUCGUAAACUGCAGAAUGAUGUUUUCGUAUGCGUAUAUUGCAAUCACACUUUCAAAUCUCAAUAUUGUUAUCAGAAGCACGCAAAACGACACUUAAACCCAUUAACGUUGCAGGCAUCGUGUGCUACUGAUCAAAGAGAACCCCAAUCUUCAGAAACAAACAAUAAAACCAGCAAUAAUGACUUAAUUAAAGAUACAACAAAAAUGUUACACAAUAACAAUAGUCGAUCCCUACUCUUACGAAACGAACCCAGAAAUCUGCAUUUAUCACCCCAGCAACAACAUUAUCAUCAUCAACAAAAAUUGGGAACGUUAGAAAAUUCGGAAUUCCUGAGACGCGAAGUACGACCUCUUGACAUGAAUGUACAAUACUAUCCAUGCAAAACGUGUGGUAGCAAAUUUCCUAGUUAUUAUUUCGUUCACAAACAUAGGAAGAUGUGCCAUCCCGACGAAGAAGCUCAAACAUUGUUAGUAGCAAACACUAGCAAUUUAAGAAACAAUUCUAAUUCUGUUAAUGCGUUACCAUGCCCAGCAGCAGCAUCUACAACAAUAAAAGACGAUAAUCAGCCUAUCACUGAGAGUGGUAACGCCAGCAGCACUAUUUGAACGGAUCAUUUCAAAAAGGAAUCCGUGCGAAAGCAAACU